UGCUUAGUAGAUCGCUGUAAGCCAAACUAUUCACAAGUCCAUAGAUAAAAAAGCUAAAUUAAAUAUUUUUUAACUUGUCAAAGUUCAACAACGUGACUUGAUUGGUUUGUUUGUUUUUGCAAUUUCAGCGUCCUUAUAGGUAAUUCUGCCCUGCAAAAUGGCAAAAGUAGCUGUAGUAACUGGAUCUAAUAAAGGCAUCGGUUUUGCCAUAGUCCGCGGUCUUUGCAAACGAUUUGAUGGCGUGGUUUACUUGACUUCGCGAGAUGUAGAACGCGGGAAAAAAGCGGUCGCCGACCUUGAGAAGGAAGGUUUGCAUCCCAAGUUCCAUCAACUGGAUGUAACGGAGAAGAAGAGCCUUGAAACAUUCAGGGAUUAUCUCAAGAGUACGUACGGAGGAAUUGACAUCUUGGUGAAUAACGCAGCGAUUGCGUUCAAAAGUGCCGCUACUGAGCCGGUAGCCGUACAAGCUAAGGAAACAUUGUUCGUAAACUACUUUUCUUUGGUUUCCACGUGCGAUAUUCUGUUCCCGAUACUCAGGAGGGGUGCGAGAGUCGUCAACAUUUCCAGUUCAGCGGGACACUUGAGUAAUAUUCCCAGCAAAGAGCUUCGGGAGCGUUUCAAGGACGAAAAGUUGACGGUUGAAGAGCUUUCGAAGUUGAUGCAACAGUUCGUAGAUGCUACUGAGAAGGGAACGCAUGCUAAGGAAUGGGGGAACUCUACUUAUGCUGUUUCUAAAGUUGGCGUCACUGCACUGACUAAUAUUCAACAGAGAUUGCUGAGUGACAGAGAUAUAAAAGUGAACUCGGUGCACCCUGGCUAUGUGUCAACGGACAUGUCUUCACACAAAGGACCGCUCAGCAUCGACGAGGGAGCCAUAGCACCUCUCUACUUGGCCUUGGAUGCUCCGGACUCCGUCAAAGGCCAAUACAUGUGGUUUAAUAAGGAUAUUGUCUGCUGGGAUGGUGAAAAACCUCAAGGCUAGGGUUUGGGUUUGUUUAUUUAGUAGGUUUAAGGGUAACACAUAUCAUGUUAAUGUAAGCAACAAAGGCUUGUCUCCUUUUAAGACUUAGAGUGCCAACAAAAAUUGUUGAUGGCAAAUCCUCUACUUCUACUAGCACCGGUCACUUUUCAAUGGUGCUU